AUGUGUUGUGCGUUUCGUUCGUUGCCACUUGUGGCCAGUCUCUGGUUAAUUAUUACAUUUAGGUGCACAUGUUUCGCUUCGAUCGAUGUGACUCCCAAGACAUAUGUAUUACCGUGUAAUUCGUCUGAUUGGAUCGAUAUCAGCGAUGGAACAAAGUCUCAAAACAAAAGUGUUAUGUUCAAAGGCACGGAAUUCAGUGAAGACCAAUAUUUUGUCAAUGAUGACAAUCAUACUUUUGCUUGUCCCACACAUGGAGAAACUGAAGUUAAAUCCGAGGAACAACCUAUCCAUCCAAAGGAAAUAAUUUUGCCAAAGACUAUGAUAAUUUCGGUGAUAUUUUUGCUGGCCACAAUUCUGGUGUAUUCCUGCCUGCCUGAACUUUUGAAUUUGCUGGGAAAAUGUUUGUUAUGCUAUUUAGCGUGUUUGGCUGUGUCAUUUGCAUUCACCGCCUACAUAUAUAUGGAUCGUGAUACACCAGAUACACCUUGUGUAGUCGUUGCAUACAUAAUCUUUUUUUCGUGUCAUUCAUCCUUCAUUUGGACAAACGUAUUGAGUUUCGAUUUGUGGUCAAGUUUUCGGGCAACCAUGGGAUCGAGAGCGAUUUCUGACAAGAAACGAUUCUAUUUGUAUAUGCUUUACGUUUGGGGUUGGUCAUCGCUCAUAUCAAUAAUUGCAUAUGUACUCGAUUCGAUUGAAAGUGUUCCAAAGGAUUUUAAGCCUGGUUUUGGAACGGAGAUUUGCUAUUUGAGAAUGGACGUUCAAAUAUUAUUUCGAUUCUUCUAUUUACCGCUUUGCAUGAUAUUUGCAAUAAACGCCACAUUAUUCACACUGAGCACAAUGAAAAUUAUUCAAGUACAACGUGAACUUAAGAGAUCGUUUUCCAAGGAAGAAGGCUUCCACCGUCAAAACAGUUCCAUGGAUAAAAAGAGCAGUUACAUGCUCUUCUUGCGACUAAUGAUUGUGUUUGGAUUGACAUGGUUCUUUGAAGGUAUUUCAUUUGUGACUCCCAAUCACAUGGCAUUCUUGGCCUUCGAUAUUUUGAACUCUUUACAAGGAUUUAUAAUUUUUUUGCUAUUCGUCAUGAAGGCUCGUGUGCGCCAAUUAAUCAAGAAAAAGUGGCAAGUCUGGUCGGGUGCCAUACAAGAUCACGUCACCUCAAGUAUUGUUUUUACAAGUGAUUCCACCCCAUCGAAUGUAAACAAUAACUAUCGAUUAGCUUACAUCGCACAAUCGAAAUGCCCUUCCUGAGCCGUGAAUUUGUAAAAAAUGAGUUUUCAAACACAUUUUACAUUUUAAUCCUAAUUCACAAUCAAAAUGAGUGAGGAAAAUUGGAAAAGAAAAAAAAUCAUCAAAGGAGUGAAUUUAUCAUUCCAAAAUUUCGAAUACGAAAAUAACAUGGAAAUUAGUUGAUUAGCUCAUGCAAAUCAACCACAUAACAAAAGAAGCAGAGCAUUGAAUCUCCUGGCUAUGUGGCGCUGCUGUUGAACAGUGGAUGUUGGUUAUAUUCCUGCACAUGCGACAAACUGUAGCCCCAACUCCAAUAGACAUGAACAUGUAUGAGUUGUCGCAUGCACAAGUACGUAACCAACAGCCGCUGUUGACAGCAACUGUUCAACAGCCGCGUUACAUAGCCAACAGAUUCAAUGCCCCGCAAUUUGAAAAAAAAACACAUUGAGUUCAAAUUCGCAGUUUCAUGAAUUAAAUUAAGCAGAAUGGAUAAUUAGAAAAAGCAAAGUCCGUUCAACUCAUUUUGUACCAACUUUUGAUUUUUCAAAAAUGAUGGAUGGUUCUUCGGUAGGAAAUGAGUUGAAUAUUGUACAAUGUACAUAGUAAAUAAAAUGUUGAUAA